AUUGCGGCAGCAGCCAUGCCGUUCAAGCGCUACGUGGAGAUUGGAAGAGUGGUGCUUGUUAACUACGGAAAGGAUUAUGGCAGGCUCGUCGUAAUCGUUAAUGUCCUCGAUCAGAACAGAUCUCUGGUCGAUGCCCCAAACAUGGUACGUGGUCAGAUGAAUUUCAAGAGGCUAACCCUGACUGAUAUCAAGAUUGACAUCCCAAGGAUCCCGAAAAAGAAGUCCUUGAUUGCUGCAAUGGAAGCUGCUGAUGCUAGCAUGAUUGGUCAGUUUGGUGUGGGGUUUUACUCCGCAUCUCUUGUGGCUGAAAGAGUGGUUCUGACCACUAAGCACAAUGAUGAUGAGCGGUAUAUUUGGAAAUCUCAAGCUGGAGGGUCUUUCACAGUUACCAGAGACUCUGGAGAAAUCCUUGGAAGGGGAGCCAAGAUUACUCUUUUCCUGAAGGAGGAUCAGUUGGAAUAUCUUGAGGAGCGCCGUCUCAAAGAUCUGAUCAAGAAGCACUCUGAGUUCAUCAAUUACCCAAUUUCUCUCCGGACUGAAAAGACCACUGAGAAAGAAAUCUCUGACGAUGAAGAUGAGGAGGAAGAGAAGAAAGAGUUGCUUCAGUUCCGUGUCUGGAACAUCUACAAGGUGAUCGAGGCUGUGCUUCCUCCAAGGACUUCAUCUCAGCUCACCGACAUGGAGCUUGAUGAAUGCAAGGAGUUCAGUUUUGAGGUAGCUGAAGGCUCAUCAUGGUCAGAAUCAUCUCCAAAGGAACCGAUCGAGGAUUCAGAACCUCACAACAGAGGGCUGGAGGGAGGCUGGAAAUUGAUAGAUCGGGGCUGGAGGCUGAAAAUUGGGUAG